AUGUCUCCCCCACCCCCUUUCCCUCACCCACCAACCCAACAACCCACCCGCCCAGACUCAGAUGGCCUGUCCAGCCCCACUCGCCACAGCCUCUCAGACGGGUCAGAGGACCAGCUGGACCGCCUCCAGCAGGUGGAGCUGGCCAGGACCACACCCAUGUCUCAGUGGAGGGCGGGUACUGUGCAGGCCUGGCUAGAGGUUGUCAUGGCGAUGCCCAUGUACAUCCGCACCUGCUCAGAAAACAUCAAGAGUGGCAAGGUUUUACUGGGGCUGACAGAUGAGGACCUCGAGCUGGGUUUAGGUGUCAGCAGUUUAAUGCAUCGGCGGAAACUUCGCCUGGCCAUCGAGGACUACAGAGAUGCUGAGAACGGUGGAGGGCUGUCCAAGGCUGCAGACAUGGACCACCACUGGGUGGCCAAGGCCUGGUUAAGCGACGUGGGCUUGCCCCAGUACGCCCAGGCCUUUCAAAAUCACUUGGUGGACGGCCGCAUGCUUAACUCCCUCACACGCCGGGACCUUGAACGUCACCUCAACAUCACCAAGAAGUUCCACCAGGUCAGCCUGCAGCUGGGCAUUGAGCUGCUGCACCUUCUCAACUUUGACAAGGAGGCACUGCAGGCUCGUCGUGUCCAGUGUGAGCAUCAGAACGUGGAUCCACUGGUGUGGACGUCUCAUCGGGUCAUUAAGUGGAUCAGAGACAUUGACAUGAAGGAGUUUGCAGAAAGCCUCCUCAACAGUGGAGUUCAUGGAGCCGUCAUGGUGCUUGACCCCACGUUCAACACUGACGCCAUGGCAACAGCGCUGGGGAUUGCCAACAGCAAGCACAUGGUUCGUCGACACCUGGUCGAGGAGAUGACGGCCCUGAUUGGCUCUGCCAGGACAGAUGCCAAACAGGACUAUGAGCGUUUAGGCCCGGCAACGCCACCGACACCACAUCGGCAGAACUCGCUGGGCCGACCACACAGCUCUGCCGGUCGACACACUGAUGACGAGGGUUCGCUGAGACGGAGGGCUGUCAAGCCUCCAACAGGCUUCAGCCCCAAAGGCCGCAGUGGGCGGGACUUGAGUUGCAAUGGCAGCUACGGCUCUCUUCCUCGGGAUGUUCGAGACCAGACUCCGCCCAGAGGCGAGGGAAGUCCGAUUCACGGGUACACCAGCAUCGAGGUCUCCAACGUGUGAGGUCAUCAGAGUGCAGCACCAGACAUCCUCUUCAACAUGAACAAUUGUUUUCCAUCUACGCCCCCAAACAUGGAUGUUUUCUUCUUUUCUAUGAAUGAGCCUUUAGAGGACAGAUUGCACUUUUUAAAGAGGGACAGGAUACGCUUGUACACGUUUCCUGAUUGAUUAAAGCAAAACUUUUUCAGAAUCACUGUGAGCAGGUGGUGAGAAGAUUCUCCCCCAGAAUGAAGGAAGGACUCAAAAUAAAGGAUUAUUUUUCUAUGUAGUAUAUGUAGCUUGUUUUCGUUGACUAGUUGAUAUUGACAAAGUCUGUUUUCUGAGGGAAAUGAGAAUUUAUAAAAAAACUUUGUAUAAUACAGGGUAGCUUACCUCAAGACAAAAUGAAAAAAGUUUAAUAUCAGUGUAAACUGUUGUUGUUUCAUUCAAUUCUGCUGUCUGUGAUGCCUUGUCAUUGUAACUGAGCACAAUGGACUAAAAAAAGACUUUAACUGAAUUUUAAAAUCUAGAUUAUACUAUGUUUGAUAGUAAUUUUUCAUCUUGCACAUUUACACUGUUGUGUCUAAACAUAUGUAGCGCCCUCUUCUGAUGUUUUAUACUGUGUGGUGAACAUGGAAUGAUGUUUGAACUGAACUGCUAACUGAAGAUGACUGCAGAGUUGUACGUUAGCCUUCUGGCUAAAAGGUGUAAAGAUGCAAUUAUGUCAACAUGAGAGUGUUACUUUUAAUGAA